AAGCAUCCGUUGUCUGUCAAUGCGCUCAUUUUCGUCAAACUGAAGGCCUAUCGCUCCAGUCCAGCAGGGGGCGGAAGUGCGUCACAUGUUGCUGCGUCUCGCGCAGACUCACGACGGAAGUAGUACAGAGUUUUCUUUCUGCUGCUGUGUGAUUAACGUAUUUCAGAUUUUGAUCAUGAAAGCGCAGGUGGAUGUGGUCUGCUGUAAAUCAGUAGGAACUGAUCUGUCCAUGCUGGAUAUUGAGGAUUUCAUCACAGAAAUCUGUCAGCUGAAGAAAGAGGUGGCUUCACUGGAGGCAAAGCUGAGAGAAAGAGGAGACAAACUGAACAGAGAGGAUUCAGUCUGGAGCGUCAGAGAUCAGAGAUCCAGAGACACACAGGACUCAGAGCUCAGCCUCACUUUACUCUGUUAUACUGACGCUCAGGAUCAUGAAUCCACUGAUCAAACCUCUGACUGUAACGCUGGAGAACAGCAGAUGCUGCAGACGCCGCUGAAGAUGUGCUCCGUCAAACUGGUGGACUGCAGGAACCUGAUCGAGAGCAGAGGAGAAGAAACCACCGCAGAGAAACAACAACAACACACUGAUGAGGAAGAGGAGGAGGAGAAUAAUGGGGAUGAUGAUGAUGAAGAUUUUGUUCCUCCAGAUGUCAAUGGUGGCUCAUCUUCUGAUGGAGAUGAAGAAACACAGCUGCAGACCAAGAGUUUCUCCUGCAGCACCUGUGGAAAAACACUGAGUUCAGAGGGUCAUUUAGCAAGACACGAGAGAACACACACAGAACAGAAAGACUUCAGCUGUAAGAUAUGCAACAUCAGCUUUCCUACAGCAGAAGAGAGGAGACUUCAUUCAAAAGAGCACAGCGGGAAGAAGGAGUUUCACUGUGAACAAUGCGGGAAGGUUUUUUUCAAUCAUUCUAGUCUAAAAGUUCACUUAAAGACUCACGGUGAAAAGUCUUUCCACUGCAGUGAAUGUGGCAAGUAUUUCAGCACCAAAGGAAAUCUUGAUGCUCAUAAGCGAAUCCACACGGGAGAAAGACCAUACAAGUGUCCUCACUGCGAGAAAAGCUUCAAUCACGGAUCUCAUCUGAAGAAACAUGUGCGUUUGCACACCAAUGAGAGACCGUAUCAGUGCAGAGAAUGUGGGAAAGCCUUCACAAACUCAUUCACUCUAAAGUCACACCAGAGAAUCCAUUCAGAUGAGAAACCCUUUCAGUGCAAACACUGCGACAAACGAUUCCGUCAAAGAACAAAUCUGAAUUGUCACGAGAGAAUUCACACCGGAGAGAAACCGUAUCUGUGCGCCCACUGCGGGAAGAGUUUUUCUGAUCCAACUCAUUUCAGGGAACAUAAGCGAAUCCACACUGGGGAAAACCCAUAUCACUGCAGCAUCUGUGGGAAGAGUUUCACACAAAACACUAACUUAAUAAUGCAUCAGAGGAUUCAUACUGGAGAAAGACCGUUUAAAUGCUCACAGUGUGAAAAGAUGUUUGCUCGAUCAGACGUCCUUAAGGUCCAUCAGCGAGUUCAUACAGGAGAGAAACCUUACUCCUGCUCCAUCUGCGGCGAGAGAUUCGCUUAUUUAGGUAGUUUUCAGACCCACCAAAACAAACACCCUAAAGAACAAACUGCUCCAGAAUCAUCAGAGUGACUUUCAUGUCUUGGUCUGUCAGUAAAGGAUUUAUUUCGGCAGUUGCUUUCAUAAUUCAUGCCAUGAGAUAUAUGACAGUAACACCAUACACAUGAUGAUUUGAAUGUAAAACAUGAACCGUAUGAUAUAGAUCUGGAGCUAUUCCACACCAAAGAGUGCCUGUUUUGUUUUUAUAUAUAUAACUUUGGUCUCAAACUCAUUUCCUGGAGGGCACAGCUUAGUUUAGCUCCAGUUUAGCUCCAACCCAAUUCAAACACACCUGAUCCAGCUAAUCAAGCUCUUCAGGAUCACUAGAAACUCCCAAGCAGUUGUGAGUUGGAGCUAAACUCUGCAGACCUGUGGCUCUCCAAGAAUUGAGCUUGAAAAAAUGUUCUAAUUUACUUCCAAUUAACUAUCAAAUAAAGUCUGAAGAUACUC